AAAAAAGUAUAAAUAUAGGAAAGCGGACUCAUAAAUCCUAAAUCCCAUUGAAUUGCCGACUUGCCAUCAUCCCAAUUGAAGAAAAAAUAGAAAUCAAAAAAUUUAUUCUCUGCUCUCAUGGCUUCUCAAGCUACUCUUCUUCUCCAAAAGCAGCUUAAAGAUCUUACCAAAUAUCCCGUAGAUGGGUUUUCAGCAGGCUUAUUAGAGGAGAACAAUCUGUUUGAAUGGAGUGUUACAAUUAUUGGUCCUCCUGAUACCAUGUAUGAAGGAGGAUUUUUCAAUGCCAUAAUGAAGUUUCCUAAGAAUUAUCCAAACAGCCCGCCAACAGUAGUGUUUACAUCCGAGAUUUGGCAUCCCAAUGUUUAUAAAGAUGGAACAGUAUGCAUAUCGAUACUUCAUCCUCCAGGUGAUGACCCUAAUGGAUACGAGCUUGCCAGUGAGCGAUGGAAUCCUGUCCAUACGGUUGAAAGUAUACUUCUAAGUAUCAUAUCAAUGCUUUCUAGUCCUAAUGACGAAUCUCCAGCAAAUGUUGAAGCUGCUAAGCAAUGGAGGGAGCAAAAAAACGAAUUCAGGAAAAGGGUCAGCCGUUGUAUAAGGCUAUCGCAAGAGAUGUUAUGAUCCUCCACACUUGCAGAGAUCCUUAGAGAAAUCGCAUUUAUGUUCUUAUUUCUUCUGUUACUCUUCUUUGACCUGAAGCCUUAGGAGUUUAAUUUGCUUGAACGUGGUUCAGUAGAAUCAAGGGGUAAUUCUUUCUCGUUAUACUUCAUUCAGACUUUCAUAGCGCCUUUACUUGUUCUUGUGCACAGCGCAAAUUGAUUUAAUAUAAUGAAUCACAGAUUGUCAUUUUAAUUUUUA